AUGCCUGGACCAAGUGACCCCCUUUUCGAUCCCGUCUAUGGCUUCGGAGGAAAUGGCGCAUACAUCGAGAACAUCACCGGCUUGAUCGACACCGCAGGCAUCACGAUUCCCGGCCGAACAGGCGGGGGAUGCGUCACUACUGGUCCCUGGGCAAAUCUUAUGGUCCCCAUGGGGCCUGGCAACAACCUCAGCUGCAAUCCUCACUACCUGCGACGAGACUUCGCUCCAUCCUUGGCCAUUUCGAAACUCAACUCUAGCGUUCUAGCAUGGGUACAGCAGGCGGAUACCUACGCACAGUAUGACAGACGGGUUCAGUCAAUGACACCUGAUAUUGCCGCCUUUGCAACCCAUGGGGGCGGGCACUCUGGUGUCGGUGGUGCUGUUGGUGAGUUUUCCGACUUUUACUCAUCUACUGGAGAGCCGAUCUUCUAG